CAACUCACAGUUUUACUCCAGAUCAACCCAACAAAACUCGAGUUUUACAAGUACACAAAAGUCCUAAACUCCUAAUCAACCAAGAUACAGCAGGAGUGCAGGACGCCGACAUAUAGAUGAGUUUCUUACCGUUAGAGACUAUUGUUAACCCGCGAAAUUCAUGGCUGUUACACCCACCUCAGCACAUCUCACAUGCUCAAUUCCCGCCAAUAAGUUUCACAAAAAAGAGACUAACUUGUAAACCCAUCUACAAUUCUCAUUCUUCUGAACUCCCUAAUCUCUCCUCCACAAAUGCAUCAAUGGAUUCCACCACUUAUGCGUCAAUUCUCGACUCUUGCACAUCCGCAAACAUGGGUAAAUUAGUUCAUGCACACGCCCUUAAAUCUGGGUUUGACGGGCAUGAAUUUGUUGGAACCAAAUUAGUUCAAAUGUAUGCUAGAUGUGACUGUCUAAAUGAUGCAUAUUUGAUGUUUGAUAUAAUGCCUAAGAGAAACUUGUACUCUUGGUUAGCAAUAAUAAGUGUUCAUGUGGAUUAUGACUUGUUUGAGGAAGCUUUUUCGCUGUUUUUCGAGUUGUUGUUUUCGGAUGUGAGGUUGGAUUUCUUUGUUUUUCCUGUUAUCUUGAAGAUUUGUAGUAGGUUUCAGGAUACAGGGCUUGGGAGACAAAUUCAUGGGUUUGUGAUUAAAGCAAUGUUUGUUGUGAAUGUUUAUGUGGGUAAUGGUUUGAUAGAUAUGUAUGGGAAAUGUGGUCAUUUAGGUGAUGCCAAGAAAGUGUUUUGUUCUAUGAUGGUGAGAGAUUCCGUCUCUUGGAAUUCUCUUCUUUCUGCUUGUGCUUUGAAUGGCAAAGUUGAUGAGGCAUUGGAGAAUUUGGAUAAGAUGUCGAGUUCAGGAGAUUUGAUCCCAAGUGUCAUUUCUUGGAGUGGAGUUAUUAGUGGAUUUGCACAAAAUGGGUAUGAUUAUGAAGCUAUCGAGUUGUUAUCCAGAAUGCGAGCACGAGGGGUAGAGCCAAAUGCACAAACAAUCGCCAGUGUCCUACCAGCUUUUGCUAGACUUCAAACACCGAGGCUAGGGAAGGAAGUCCAUGCCUAUAUCACAAGACAUGGGUUUAUGACCAACUCCAUUGUAGUGAAUGGGCUGCUUGAUGUGUACAGGAGGAGUGGUGAUAUGGAAAAUGCUUGGAAACUGUUUUUGAGAUAUUCAGUGAAGAAUGUAUUGUCUAUCAAUACAAUGAUUGUUGGAUUUUGUGAAAAUGGUGAUGUAUUAAAAGCCAAGGAUCUAUUUAACGAAAUAGAAAGGAAUGGGGUUAAGAAGGAUGUUAUAACUUGGAAUGCGAUGCUCUCAGGUUAUGUCGAUAAUCUGCUAUUUGAAGACGCGUUAAAUUUGUUCAAGGAGAUGCAACUGGUAGAAGGAAUUGAAGUGAACUCGUAUACUCUAGGAAGUGCCCUUUCUGCUUGUACUGGUAAGUUGUCUUUAAAUCAAGGAAAGGAGAUACAUUGCCUAGCCAUAAUUAAGGGUCUGAACUCUAACCCUUUUGUGGCAGAAGCCUUGAUGGACAUGUACUUCAAAACCCAAGAUCUGAAGGCAGCUCAGCAGGUAUUUGAAGAAGUUAUUGAUAGAGAUAUAAGCACAUGGAACACUCUGAUCUUGGGCUAUGCUCGAUGCAAUCAGAUGGAUGUUCUUCCUAUUCUUCUAAAACGAAUGACAGAGGAUGGUUUUAACCCGAAUGUAUGUACAUGGAAUGGAAUAAUUUUGGGCCAUGUCGAAAACGGACACUAUGAAGUUGCCUUACAGUUACUUUUAGAGAUGCAGAGUACAAAUCUAAGGCCUGAUAUCUAUACAAUGGGGAUAACAUUGACUGCCUGUUCUAGAUUAGCUACAAUUGAACGAGGCAAGCAGGUUCACGGGCAUACAGUCAGACGUGGGUAUGAUUCAGAUGUCUAUAUUGGAGCAGCUCUUGUAGACAUGUAUUCAAAAUGUGGGAGCAUCAAGGACUCCUUAAAGGCCAAUAGCAGGAUUUCAAAACCUAAUCUGAUUUCUCAUAAUGCAAUGCUUACUGCCUAUGCAAUGCAUAGCCUUGGGGAGGAAGGUAUAUCUCUUUUCGAUACAAUCCUUGACAAUGGUUUUGUACCGGAUGAAGUCACCUUCUUAUCAGUUCUUUCUGCUUGUGUUCAUGCUGGGAAAAUUGAUAUUGGCAAAAAGAUCUUCAAUUCAAUAAGCUAUUACAAUGUGAAAGCUUCACUGAAACACUACACAUGUAUGGUUGACCUGCUAAGUAGGUGUGGUAAUACGAGUGAAGCUUAUGAUCUCAUCAAAAAAAUGCCAAUGGAACCAGAUUCCGUGACUUGGGGUGCUUUACUUGGAGGCUGUGUUCUUUCUGGUGAUGUGAAGCUUGGUGAAAUGGCAGCUGAAAAGCUUAUAGAACUGGAACCAGAUAAUACUGGUAACUUUGUUCUGUUGGCAAAUAUGUAUGCACUUUCUGGAAGAUGGAAUGAUUUACUAAGAAUACGAAAGAUUAUUACAGAGAGAAGAAUGAGGAAGAGUGCUGGAUGUAGUUGGAUUGAAGAUGGGAGUGAUGUUCAUGUUUUUACAGCAAGUGAUACAUCUCACAGGAGAACAGAGGAGAUAUAUUGUAUGUUAGAGAAUUUAACCAUGCAAAUGAAACAAAAGGGUGGAUGCUGCUAGCCUGCAAUAUCAUGAACGUUAACGUUGAGACAACGAUAUCUUGUGAUUAAAAGUUGAAAUUAAGGUUAAGUUUUUUUGGAUAAAGGGAAUUCCCUUGCAAAUUGCAAGAAGGGGGAGAAAUUGGAGAUGUGAUCCUUCUUGCAAAGGGUGAGAAACUGAGAAUCGAACCCUGUCACAAGGGUGAAAAAGCACAUAGUUCUCAGUUUUUUUCCAAAUAUAUUGUCAAAAAGGAUAAAAACAAAUUCAUGUAGUCGCCAAUCAUUAUACUCUUUGAUUGAAGUAGUGAAAUAUUUUACUUUCUUGUAGGAUGGAAUUGCUGAUAUGCAAUACACACAAGUUUGUAGAUAGACAAUCAUAUUAUAUAAUUAUAUACAAAACCAUACAAUUUCA